AUGACUGCGUCCAUAAUAGGUCCAAACACGAUCACCCGCGUACGCCGAACACUGAAUCACGCCAUCAGGGACGAGAAUUACUACAUGGCACAUCAGCUAUACAAAUCCCUAUAUUCCAGGUAUGUUCCAGGCUGCAUUUGGUUUGAAUUUAGUUUAUUUUCAUUAUAAGUAAUGAGUGAUUGAUGACAAUUAUAGUUAUAAAAAUUGUAAUAAUAUUAAUGCUAUCAGUAUCACUGUUAUAGCCGACUAUAGACUAGUCCGGUUAUUUUCUUCAAACAUUAAUGACAGUGCAAUAUAAUAUUUUCAGAUUUGUAAGUUUAAAUGACAAGGAUUCUGCCAUUAGGACUCUACAUGAAGGCAUUGAUUACCUGUUGAGUAAACACCAAGUAAUAAUGAUUAAUAUUACAGUAUCAUUAAGUAAAUAUUCAUAUUAUUCUCAAAUGUGUACUCGUAUGUUUCAGAAUAAUACAGCUACUGAUUUAUCACAAGUGUUUGCAAAGUGCUUGUCUGCCCAACGUUUCAUUCCCAGUGAUGAUAUAUUUGAUUAUGUAAAAGAGUAAGUUUAUAUGAGUGAAAUUUUACAUUUUUAUUUAAAAUUAAUGUAUAUGGCUUUAUUUUAUUAUCUUUAUUUAGUAUAUUCAAAAAAUUUGGUCCGUCACUUUCUACAGAACGAGAAUCUAUGUUAAAUAUAGUCAUACAGUGGACAAUUGAAUUUUGUCCUGAAUUUCCACAUGGACAUCCAAGUUUACAUAAAAAUAUAGGAUAUGUUUACUGGUCAGGUAAUUUUUUGUGUAUUUCUCUAAGUUUAAUGUUUUAAAAUUAUACAUAAGGUUUACACAUUUAGAGUCAAAUUAUUCGUCUGCGCAAUACCAUUAUUUAAGGUCUUCAGAUGGUUUGGGCUUUGCAGCUAUGUUGGUAGAAUUACAUAGAACACGAGGAUUCAAACAUGAAGUAGAUUUAUUUAUAGCCCAAGUCGUACUUCAGUAAAUAUUUUUCAACUUCUUUAGAUACCUACACAAAUUAAUAUUUUUAAUUUUUGCAGAGGACUAUGUGUGCGUAAUAAAAUCAUCGCACAGUCAACAUUUCAGUCAUAUACUAAAUUACAUCCUGCUAUUAAUGAUGAACCACCAUUUAUAUUGCCUUUACUUAAUUUUCUUUGUUUUUUACUAAAAAUAUUAGACAGGUUAGUAAUUUAUUUAUUGUUUUACAGAUAAUAAUCAAUAGGUACUUAACAUGUUGACUGCAUUUCUUUUUGCAGUUCUCACUCUAGUGAGUACACGACUUCAAUUCUUAUUCUUUUAAUCAUUCUAAUUAACAAUUAAUUAUCAUUCAGCCACAUUUAAGAAAUACUAAACUAUUUACAUAAAAUAAAUAUUGAAUAUCAAAUGACAUUAAACUCAUUGCUGAACGAUCUUUAUGAUGCCAAUUGCCGCAGUCAACAUGGGGGACAUGUAAAACGGCUGAAAAUAAAUUGCCAAGUUGUAUUUCAGUGGUAAAUAAAUUGUUCGAAACUUAUUGCAGUCGGAAAAUAUUAUAGCUAAACUGUAUUAGAGCCAAAAACAAUUCACCUGAAAUUUGAUUUGGACAGUUUAUUUUCUGUUGAAAUGAUCUGACUGUUUUAUGAAUCGGUUAAAAUAUAUUUCGGUUUAAUUACAGUUCUGUUAAAAUACGGUUUGGCGAUUUUAUUUUUGGUUGUUUUAUGGCUCCCCUCAACAUGUCAAUAUUAGAUAUUCAACCAAUUUUAUUUGUGCUUUAUUAUAAUUUAUUUACAGUGGGAAAUUAAAAACAUAUAUAGUACUUUGUGAGCAAUAUCAAUCUUCUUUGAUCAGAGAUCCAAGCUACACUGAAUAUUUGGAUAAAAUUGGACAAUUGUUUUUCAACGUCAAGGCAAUUGAAAGGAGACCUAGACAUUCGCAACAUGGGUUUUUAGGUACAUGAUUAUUUUUCAUAAUAAUUAAAUUUAAAAAAAAUAAGAUAAGAAAUGGCCUUAAAAAAAAUUUAGUUAUUUAAUUAUAUUAAACAUAAACAUAGUAUUAAAUAUAUUAGUUUUAUUCAAAAUACGAAGACACCAGGCGGCAGAUGAAAAUGUAAAUCAAUUCAUGUACACAUUUUUUCUCAAUUGCUUACUUUAUUUGGUUAGUCUGUUGUUAUGGUUAAAUGUUUAAAAAAAAAGUUCUACCUGAAAACAAGCAGAAAUUCUAAUUGAAAUUUAAGACUAUUUUUAUCACUUCAAUCUGCUUAUAAAACAAAUUUUAUGUUUCAUUUUGAGUUUAUUUGGUCCUAAAGAAGGUGUUUUAAGUAUAGAUACAAUGUAGUUUUAGGGAAAGUAGAGCAAAAACUUAAGAAUAUCAAAUUAUCAAAUUAUUUACAUUUUUCAUGUAUCCUCCAUUUAUAUUAAUUUAUCUUACAUUAGUCUUUUAUGUGUUGGAUAAUUUUUUUUUAUUUAGCUACCUAGUAAACAAAUUGAAACUUUAUUAAUUAUUCUUUGGACUGAUCUCUAAACUCUUUUUGAACAAUUAUAAUAUUUGUUUUUAAUGUAUUGAACAUUUUUUAUUAAUUAUUAUAUUAUUAUACUUGUUAUCUAUAAUUCGUAUUAAGCCUCUUGUUCAGGGCGAUGGAUAACAGUCUUUUUAUACAUGGAAGCGUUGUACAGUGCACAGUGUUGUGUACAUUAGUAUACAUGUUUUUUCAUGUAACAGACAUGUAUCCAUUUGUUGCUAAGUACCACACCAAUAACUGUUGCCCCCUUGUACUGGACGCUGGUCUGUUGCAGCCAGUCAAUAUGAGUAUUAACAACGUCAGAUCAUCAAACGUUUAGAAUUUUGAAAUUCUAUUUUUCUAUUCUAAUUUAGUAGAUUUGACCAUUGUCCAUCGCCAAAAGCUCGUAACAAUGAUCUAGUAAAAUGAAUCACGAAAUAGAUAGUGAAAUGUCGAUUUCCUUGAUUAAAAAUAGACCUGAGAUUUAGGAUAAGACUUUAGCAAGUUACAAAAAUAAGCAGCUUAAUUUUAUGGCAUAAAAGAAAAUUUGUGCAAAAUUAUUCAUGAACAUCUGAUAAAGAAACAAAUGAAUUUGGUAAAUUAGCAAAAUGUAUUUAAAUACAUUAGAAAAAAAAAUUAAAAACUUUGUUUCAUCUUUCUUUAAACUUUUAAAAAGAAUAUAGAGAACACCAUAUCUUUCUCUUUCUAAUAAAAUAGGAUUUACAUAUAACUUUUUUUUUCUUUAUUCUUUUUGCUGCAAUAUUUUGUACAAAUAGUAUGCUAUUAUUAUAGGCUUUUUCUUUCUAGGAGACAUUGGUCUAAAUUCAUUCGCUUCUUAUUUCAAACUGAUUAAAUUUAAUUACAGCAAAUAUAUAACGUAAUAUUACACGAAACCAAGUUCAUUCAUUAUUUUAAUGUGUCAUCAAUAGGGCUAUCCAUUUCACAUCAGACUGGUAUCCGGUAAAAAAAAAGUGAACAAGAGCCUUUAUUGUAGCAUUUUUAUUAUUAUAAGUAUUUAAAAAAUAUAUUUAUUUUCAUACCCUAAUAGUAUAAUUUGAUAUCUUAUAAUGUUGUGAGUUUAUAAUAGUCAAGCAAGUGUCAUCAAAUAUAUAUAUAUAUAUACAGGGUGUCCCACGAAAAGGUUCUAUGUCCUUUUCUUUUUUUAUUCUUGCAUAAACCCGAGAAAAAAAAAAUUCACUCAAACCUUUUUGAUGACUCCUCAAAAUAUUUGACAAUAUUUUCAUAUAUGUUGUCAACCUGAUGGCUAACGCAACCCCAUUUUUCGUCUUUAAUAACAGGUAGAGGAACAGUGGGUGUGUUCUGAUUUAGAUUGAUAAUAUUAUAAUAAUAUAUAGUUUACAUAGUAUAAUAAUAAGUAAUGCUUAUGAGUAGGAUUUGGUUUAAAAUUAAAUACCUUUUUUUAAAGUAAUAAAAAGGUAAUUUGUGUGUACAAAUAUUUUAAGUCCUAAUUGUCUUUGUUUUCCUGAAGACUAUAAAAUAUACUGUUAAGAAUUGUUUUUUGUUUGGUUUUAACAUAAUAGAAUUUUUUUAGUUGUUUUAUAUGAUAUCAAUGGCGUUAUAAUUUUGCUUGCUACAUCCCUAAAUAAUCUGCAAACAGCGCUUAUUGAAAUGAACGACUUAUUUUAAACAUUUAAAUUAAAUAUAAAUACGAUAAAAACAGAAGUACUAAUAUGAAACCAACAAACUUAAAAUUUAUAUAUCCCUUAAAGGAAACAGAAUAGAGCAAGUGGAGCAAUUUAAAUACUUAGGAAGCAUAACAAGCAUUGAUGAAAGAUUCGCAAAAGAAAUAAGAAGUGCAGGAUAGGUUAAGCAAAGAAGGCAUUUCUGCUAAAGAAUGUAAGUUUAAAAACAAGAAAACAUGCAAUUAAAACAUGUAUGGAGUACAGCACUGUACAGCAUUGAAACGUGUUGGUGUUUAAUAAAGGAAGAUAAAAACACCUUAGAGGCUUCCAAAAUGUGAUGCUGGAGAAAAUAAAGAAAAUAAAAUGGUCGGAAAUUAAUUCAAACAAAAAGUGCUAGAGUUAUUAAAAAAGAAAAAACAUUGUUUAGCAAUUUAAAGUCUAGGCGAUGAUACAUAAUAGAUUAUAAUGACGCUUAGGCACAAUAAGGAACUCCUCCAUAGCAUUAUUCUAGAAGGUAUGAUAAAAGGAAGCAAGGAAGAGGAAGACCAAGAACGAGUUAUAUAAGUCAAGUAAUUAAAAAUGUAAGACUCGGUUCAUACAAAUAACUCAAGGAUAAGGCAUAUGCAAGAAAUUGUUGGAUAGAUUAUUAAUUGUAGACUAAUCCACGAAUUGAAUAGUUGAAAAUUUAUUUGGCAUAUUAAAUAUCUUUGUGCUUUUAUCCCAUUAGGGUUUUUAUUUAUUUAUUAUUGUGUUAAAAUAUGAAUAUAUACUGAAUUCAGCUGAAGUUAUCCUUUUACAAAAUUGUUUUAUUUAUUUUAUAUAACUAGUUCUUCUAAAGUAUACAAAUCAAAACAAUUCUUAAAUAUUUUUCAAACAAAAAAUAUUUCAUAUUAUAUAUAAUUAAUAGAAAAAAGAAAAAUACAUUUAUCUAUGAUUUAAAAUUCUUAAAUUCAAAAUAACUAUAAGUACAUAUAUAAUUGUGUAUUAGGUUUUACUAAUUAAUUAAUUGUAUCAAUACUAUUAAAUUUUAAACAUAUUUGACAAUGGUAAUUAAGUAAUUAUCCAUUUAAAAUUAAAAAUGUUGUUAAAAGUCACCAUGUACAUCUGUCUGUAAUGCUUCUUUUCUUAUAAUUAGAACGUAAAUUGUGGUAUUUAGAUUAAAAUUAGAGUUUAUAAACAAAUAACAAAAUUUAAAUUGAAGAAUUUUUUUCAAAAGCUGUUCGUAAUUAGUCUAAACAAAUUGUCUUACAAACAAAUACAUCUAUGGUCUUGUAAUUCUUAAAAUUUUGUUAUUUGUGAUUUUAAACACUUAAUUUAUAUUUAAACGCUAAAAUUUAUGUUCUAAGUAAUGUGAUUUUGCUAUAUUUUAUAAUAAUAAGACAGAGACAACAUAUGUGAGUAUGACAUUCUUUUGACCAAAAAAUUUUAGAUGUACUCACAUACCAUGUAUUUAUAAUUUAUUCUUUGUAUUAAUCAUGACUGCAAUGCUACUUUGUGUUAUAUUGUCUCCUAAAUUGUAAUGCAUAUCAAGGUGUAUUGGUUGUUACAGUUAACUUUUAUCAUUUAAUAUAAUGUAUAUUUCAGUUGAUCAAUAAUUUAGUGUAUAGUUUUUGUACAUAAUAAUGAUUGUUUUAAACAUUUCAAUCACAGUUAUAACCUGUCAUGUAUGACAGGUAUAUAACUAGUGUCAGUAUAUUUUGAGUAAUGUUAUAUUAUAUAAUUAAUAAAUAAAGUAUCCAUAAAGUCCUGACAACAUUUUAAUAAGAAAUUCACAUUUCUGUGCUGAAAAUAGUGCCGUGCAUUUUAUAUUUGUAUAAUAAUAUAAUCCUAAACCUAAAAAAAAUUAUAUAUAUUGACAAAACUUAUAAUACUGAUUUUUGGUUUUUAGGUAAUUUGUUAAGUUCAUUGUUGAGUGAUUGCGAUCAUGAGGGAGAACCAAGUCCAUCAUCAUCACGUCCAAUGAAUGUUGAACCCCUAGAUUAA